AUGGUGUCGGAGAGAGACAGCAUUCAGAGAUUCGUCUGCAAGGAACUCAUUCACGCCGACCUCAGCACCCUGACUCUGGGCAUCUUGCGGAGGCGGUACAUGCAGCAUGUGGGCGUGGCCAAACUGAGCCCAGAGCAGCGUCAGAUACUGAAGCACGUGGUGGAGGCGGAGCUUAUCAUCAUGCAGGGCCGUGCAGAUUCAGGAGGAGGAGGAGGAAGAGUCCCACAGGCGUCCAGCGAGGAGGAGGAGGAGGAGGAAGAGGAGGAGCGUCCGCUGAAGGUGAAGAAGCAGAAGAAAAGGAGGAGGAGGAAGCCUCAACAAAGACCCAAGCAACCAAUCAGCUGUGCGAGCGACAGUGAGGACCAAUCAGAAGAGGAGGAGGAGACGAUGAAGCAGGAAGAAGACGCCUCCUCUGAUGAGGAAGAAACACCUGCAAGGAAAGAGCGCUCGAGGGAGGAAGAGAAGAAGGGAGAGGAAGACGAGGAUGAAGAUCACGAAGAGGAGGGCCGUGCAGAUUCAGGAGGAGGAAGAGUCCCACAGGCGUCCAGCGAGGAAGAGGAGGAGGAGGAGGAGCGUCCGCUGAAGGUGAAGAAGCAGAAGAAACGGAGGAAGCCUCAACAAAGACCCAAGCAACCAAUCAGCGCUGCGAGCGACAGUGAGGACCAAUCAGAAGAGGAGGAGAAGACGAUGAAGCAGGAAGAAGAAGCCUCCUCUGAUGAGGAAGAAACACCUGCAAGGAAAGGGAGCAGAGAAGGGGUGGGACCAGCCGUGAGUGGGGCGUUGCCUGGUGAUUCUGACUCCUCCUCCUCUUUGCCGUCAUUGGACGAUGAGGAGGAGCCCAAGCCGAGGGCGGAGCCAAAGGAGGAGGUGAAGAAGACUGAGGAGCACAAGGCUGUAUCUCGGCUGAAGCGCUACAUCGCCCUCUGUGGCGUGCGGAGGAACUACAAGAGGCUGCUGGACGGCUGUCGCUCUGUGAAGGCGAAGGUGGCCGUACUGAAGAAGGAGCUGGAGGACCUGGGAAGGGAGCAGGCUCUGGAGUUGGCAGAACUGGACAUGAGCAACAUCAUCAGCACGGAAGGUCGUCCGCGGCGUCGAGCAGCAACAGGAGGUUGCUCUCCGGUCCCCUCGGCGUACAAGCGUAGCGUGGCGUCGGACUCAGACAGCCCGACCACCGGGCGGCGCCAGCGAGCCACAGACUGGAGCAGCCUGCGUGGCAUCAUCAGUGAUGAAGACAGUGACUAG